AUGUCGAGACGACGUGGCCGGCGAAGGAACCGGCGGUCCCGCGGCCGGGCGGUAACCUUCCCGUACUGCCCUCUCUCAGAUAACCAUGCUGACAAGAAGGGUGGUCGACAGUGGUUCUUGAAAGCCGCCGCGAUCACGGUUUUGAUACUCGUUGCUGUAACUUCGGUUGCUGGUGUGGUUAUGACCGCACAGUCCCUCUCCAAUACUGGUGAGGAUAAGCCUACCACCAACCUUCCCCCGUGCGGGAGCAAGGGAGAUGACCAAGCAGGAAGCGGAGAUUCAGAAGGUCUCUCCCCGUACGUAUACAGCGGAUGGACAGGAGUCCAGGUGAAGCCGCGCGACUUCGUUGAAAACGACACUGAAAUUCACAACGGUCCGGACGGCAUGGCCUCCACUGAUGCCCAUCUGACCCCCGAUGCUAUGGUACCCGUUAGCAUGACCCCUCCGACAGGCCACACAGAGAAUGCCCGAGUUCCUGACAACCAGACGGAGACUUUCCGUUCUGAAGGCUGGAAGCGGUUCCGUGUCGAGCAGAAUCACACGGAAGGCGUCGACAGUACCACCGAGGUCCCAACCGUCCCACCACAUGUAGUUGGUGACGAGGAGGGAGAAGAAGUGGCCCACGACUGGGGCUACACAACCGGAGAAAACCACUGCAACAACGUCCGAGUACGCCGCCGCGUUUCCAAGGUUCCCAUGGACAUGACUCCUCCGACAGACCACGCAGAGAGUGCCCGAGUUCUUGAUAACCAGACGGAGACUUUCCGUUCUGAAGGCUGGAAGCGGUUCCGUGUCGAGCAGAAUCACACGGAAGGCGUCGACAGUACCACCGAGGUCCAAACCGUCCCACCACAUGUAGUUGGUGAUGAAGAGGGCGAAGAAGUGGCCCACGACUGGGGCUACACAACCGGAGAAAACCACUGCAACAACGUCCGAGUACGCCGCCGCGUUUCCAAGGUACCCGUUGGCAUGACUCCUCCGACAGACCACACAGAGAAUGCCCGAGUUCCUGAUAACCAGACGGAGACUUUCCGUUCUGAAGGCUGGAAGCGGUUCCGUGUCGAACAGAAUCACACGGAAGGCGCCAACAGUACCACCGAGGCCCCAACCGUCCCACCACAUGUAGUUGGUGACGAGGAGGGAGAAGUGACCCACGACUGGGGCUACACAACCGGAGAAAACCACUGCAACAACGUCCGAGUUCGCCGCCGCGUUUCCAAGGUACCCGUUGGCAUGACUCCUCCGACAGACCACACAGAGAAUGCCCGAGUUCCUGAUAACCAGACGGAGACUUUCCGUUCUGAAGGCUGGAAGCGGUUCCGUGUCGAGCAGAAUCACACGGAAGACGUCGACAGUACCACUGAAGAGGCCUCAACCGUCCCACCACGUGUAGUUGGUGACGAAGAGGGAGAAGAAGUGGCCCACGACUGGGGCUACACAACCGGAGAAAACCACUGCAACAACGUCCGAGUUCGUCGCCGCGUUUCCAAGGUACCCAUGGACAUGACUCCUCCGGCAGACCACGCAGAGAAUGCCCGAGUUCCUGACAACCAGACGGAGACUUUCCGUUCUGAAGGCUGGAAGCGGUUCCGUGUCGAGCAGAAUCACGCGGAAGGCGCCAACAGUACCACCGAGGCCCCAACCGUCUCACCACGUGUAGUUGGUGACGAAGAGGGAGAAGAAGUGGCCCACGACUGGGGCUACACACCCGGAGAAAACCACUGCAACAACGUCCGAGUUCGCCGCCGCGUUUCCAAAGUCCCCUUCCCGGCGACAGACGACAGCUCCGCCACUAGGGCGACUCAUCUGGAGCCCAAGCCGAACUGCUCACUUGACACGAAAGUCAGUGGCGACGUCGACAGCAUGGGCACUGACCGCACUGGUGCUAUGGACAAUGUCUUCACGAAGAACUCUACAGACAUGAAUCUGUACUUGGAUGCCGUGCUGACAGACAUUAUGAAGAGCCACAAGAGAAAGCACCGCAGCGGGCUGGAACGUAUCAAACGGAGCAAAGCCAUCAUCGUGCUGACCGCAGUUGGUGUGCUGAACGCUGGCUCUGUGGGACACGUCUACUUGCGACAAAUUGUACCGUUCUGA